CAGCGCUCUGUAACAGAGCGACAAGCCUAACUUCUCCACGGGCAGCAGAUUAACACCACAGCGGUCCCUGACGGAGACACAUGGCUCCCCUCUGCCUCCUCCUCGUAGAUCAUGAAGGAGGGACAAUUGGGAGGUCUUUUCUGGACAUCAAGAAGACGAGGGAACCGAUGCAGAAACUGUUGCAGAAAGAGGGAAGGGUCAGCAGGCACCUGGAGGUGGAAGUACAACAGCAGGGUCAUGGCCACUGUCUGUAGGUGUGAUUAGCGGGAGCAGGUGGACACACAGCACAAAGACUCAACAAAAUUUACAAGCAAAUAAAGCCUCCAAGGCUGAGAAAUGGAUAAUCAAGACAAGCAGAGAGUGUCAGACAAAGAAGGGGAAAAGUCGAAGGCUGAGGAGGUCAGUGAUGAACAAAAACAAAGCAAAGACAAACACAACAAACUGGAGAAGGAGAGCAGUGAGAAGGAGGUGAGGGGGGAGAACCGUCGCCCCUGGAGGAGUAACUGGGCACUGGCUGAACGUCUGGCCAUCAACGUUUCUGGGAUGCGUUAUGAGACCCAGCUCCGUACCCUUGCCCAGUUUCCAGACUCCCUGCUGGGUGACCCCCAGAGGCGCCUUCGCUACUACGACCCCAUGCGUAAUGAACUAUUCUUGGACAGGAACCGCAUCUGCUUUGAUGCCAUCCUCUACUUCUACCAGUCAGGGGGAAGGCUGCGGAGGCCCGCUAACAUCCCCCUGGACAUGUUCCUGGAGGAACUGCACUUCUACGAGCUUGGGGAGGAGAUAAUCGACCGCUUCAAAGAGGAUGAAGGCUUCCAUAAAGAGGAGGAGAGACCAUUACCCCCCAAAAAGUGGCAGCAGGACAUCUGGAUGCUGUUUGAGUAUCCAGAGUCUUCUGGUGGAGCUCGAAUCAUUGCCAUCAUCAGUGUUAUGGUCAUUAUCAUCUCCAUUCUCAUCUUCUGCUUAGAGACUCUGCCGGAGUUCAGACAUGAGAAGGAACGAAGGGAGCAAUUCACCACCACGCCUCAUCCCACCAUCCCCAACGAAACCAUCUUGAUCCCACCAAAGUUCACUGCCUUCCACGACCCCUUCUUCAUAGUAGAGACUGUCUGCAUCUUCUGGUUCUCCUUUGAACUCAUCAUGCGCUUCAUCAGUGCUCCAAACAAGAUACGCUUCUUCAAAGACAUCAUGAACAUCAUCGACUUUUUGGCCAUUUUGCCCUUUUUCGUUACACUGGGCACAGAGCUCGCCAAGGACAAAGGCACACAACCCUCCGUGUCCCUGGCCCUCAUCCGGAUCAUUAGACUGGUGAGGGUCUUCAGGAUUUUCAAGCUUUCUCGUCACUCCAAAGGCCUCCAGAUCUUGGGUCAGACACUGAAGGCUAGCUUGCGAGAGCUUGCCCUACUGAUUUUCUUCCUUUUUAUUGGGGUCAUCCUCUUUUCAAGUGCUGUUUACUUUGCUGAGGUGGACAGUAUUGGCACAUCAUUCACCAGCAUACCCGAGGCUUUCUGGUGGGCGGUGGUUACUAUGACAACAGUGGGCUAUGGGGACAUGAGCCCGGGGACGGUUGGGGGAAAGCUGGUGGGCUCUAUGUGUGCUAUUGCUGGUGUGCUCACCAUCUCUUUGCCAGUUCCUGUCAUCGUGUCCAACUUCAGCUACUUCUACCACCGAGAGAUGGAGUGUGAGGACAACAGGGUGUACAGCCACGUUCCCACAUCACUCUGGGAAAAGGACGGGGAGAAUGAAGACGAAGGUGAAGAGGAGGAUGGAUUGGAUGAAGGUCCGGAGUACAUGGGGGAUUAUGCACUCCUGUCACAGCAGAACAGGGCCACGAGCCCUCCUCUCAAUGGGCGUCUACUAGGUGGACUUUGUACAGAACCGGUUGCAGGUGAUCGGCAAGGGAUUACGUUUAGUCUCAAAGAACCUAUGGUCACCCAAGUUUGACGGACAAGAGACAGAUUGGACACAACAAAGAAAAAAAUGCAAGUCUGGUGUAAAAUAUUGAUCAAAGACGCAGCUGGGUGUAAGAGAAAGAAUAAAAAGGAAGAUGGACACAAACCAGGUUCGUGACUAUAGUUGAGGCUUUGUGUGAUUUUGUUGAACAUACUUAUGAAAUAAGCUGUUUGCCCCAAAAAUAAACACAACUCUUUGUAA